AUGCUCUCGUCGCUGUGGGAGGAGCUGCACUUGUUCGUUGCUUUCUCUGCUCUGGUGUUAGCGGCUGACCCAGAUGCGUCUACGCAGGUAUGCCAUCUCAUAUUCAAGAAAUGGGAGCCCACAUACGUCCCAGCUGUAGCUCUUCUACUCCUUCUGCUUCCCUUGAGUCUCUCCGCGCUCCUCAUCCCCCACUAUGGGCCACUCCUUGCACCGCUCUUUGCUCUGGCGACGUAUCACACUGUCCUGCUGACAUCCAUCUCGCUAUAUCGCAUCCUUCCAUGGCACCCUCUCUACAACUAUCCGGGGCCGUUUCUGGCAAGACUUUCCAAGUGGUGGAUUGUCUGGAAGGGACGCAAUGGUAGACAGCACUUCUAUAUGCAAGAGCUGCACAACCUGUAUGGUGACAUCGUGCGCAUUGGACCUAAUGAGGUUUCCAUUCGCGACGUCGGCGCCGUGGAACCGCUGAUGGGCACUCAGGGCCUGCCGAGGGGUCCUUCUGCGGGGGGUCAGGCUCUAGAGCCGCCUGUCUCGGGACUUAUCAUAAUCAGAGACCCGGUUGAGCAUGCCCGUCGCCGUCGCCCUUGGGCUCGUGCAUUCAGCACAGCGGCGUUGAAGGAGUAUGAGCCGGUCGUCGUCAAACGCGCCACGCAACUCUGUGAGCAGCUAGCAGUCCAGAAGGGCAGCAUCGAUCUGGCAAUGUGGCUCAGCUUGUUCUCGUACGACGUCAUGGGAGACAUUGUGUUUGGUGGAGGAAGCGACCUGAUUGUGAACGGCGACAGCGAUGGGGUAUGGUCCAUGCUGCAGUCCGCCUCGGGAGGUCAAAUGGCAUAUUAUCACGCCCCGUGGCUGGCUCAUUAUGCUAAGCGUCUUCCUAUGGCGCCGAUGAUCAAGAAGCUGCGUGACUUUGCGACCGAUCGCGCUGCAUUCCGUUAUAAGAACGGCGCGAAGACGAAGGAUUUAUUCUACUACCUGAGUAAUGAAGACGAAGCAGAAAAGACGUCUCCAGACAUGGGUCAAGUCAUCUCGGAGGGCAUGCUGGCGACUGUUGCAGCCUCGGAUACCACCGCAACCGUUUUGGGCAACACCUUUUGGAACAUCUUGCGCUAUCCGCACUACUAUAAGCGGCUCCAGGCUGAAGUCGACAAGUACUACCCUGCAGGCGAAAACGCUUUUGACACCAAGAACCAUAGCAAGAUGGUCUUCUUGGAUGCUGUCCUUAACGAGGCCUUGCGAUUGUAUCCUGUCAUCCCAAGCGGCAGUCAACGGGCUCCCAUCCCUGGCAAAGGAGACAGACUUGUUGGCCCUUACCUCAUCCCAGACGGCACGCAGGCGCGUGUGCACUUUUGGUCGCUGCAGCGCGACCCGCGAUACUUCUCCCAGCCGGAAACGUACUGGCCCGAGCGGUGGCUCAUUGCUGAGGGCCUCGAACGUGCACCCGAGGGCGAGUUGUUCGCGCACGACGCGAACGCGUUCAUACCGUUCUCGUUCGGCCCAGAGAACUGUGUCGGCAAGAACCUCGCACAGAUGGAGAUGCGCAUGGUGUGCUGCUACCUGGUGCAGAACCUCGAGUUCGAGCUCGAGAAGGGGUGGGAUCCCGCUGGACGCGAGCGCGCUGUCGAGGAUCAGUUCGUCAUGCGAGUGAGGGAUCCUGUUCCUGUGGUCGUGCGCCGCAGGACGUAG